ACGUGUGUGUGGCGCGCCAUGGUUUCAGUCGUGGUUUCAGUUCACACGGAUCGGGAGAAAGAGUCACAAGUAGUAUAUUCCCCCGGAGAGUAAAAAUCAACAUUUUGCUGCGAAUGUAAAAUUGAGAUUGAUUGUUAUUACGUAUCUCUUUGAUAUGCGAAGAAACAAUUCACCGUGGGACAUCAUCGGGAUCGAAGAACGAACGGACGCGCGUGAUAAGAUAGAAAGUAACAAUCGAUGGAUAAAAUAAAUCGGGAAUUGGCAUCGCGCCGAGCCGGUUCUCGACGGGAUAAUAAAAUGGUGACUCUCCAUCGCCCUCUUCUCGAUCCCUCGAUUUAGUGGACAUUUAUAAUUUUUUGUUGAAAUCUAAAGAUUCUGUUGUAGCCUUACACCUGAAAGAUUGUACGAAUAGCAAAAGGUGGACGGCAGAAGGUGUGGAGGAGAUAGAGGCUGAAACUCAAUCACAAAAUUACAGAUUCACACGCGUUCCUGGUGAAAGAUUGGCGUUUCGUUGUUUUUUUUAUUUUUUUUUUGUUAUAAUGGAUAUAUCGAAAUUGCUUGAAGUUGAGGUUAAGGAAGGAAAAGCAUCUGAAAUGCCGAGUAACGGUGAAAUCGAGGCUUACGCCAAUAUCCCUGACUUCAGUUUGAGAGACAUAGCCUCUGUAAGAUUUCGCAAACUGCAUUGUACAGCCUGUGACGUUCACAUCGGCAGUGCUCCAUCUUCGGCCCACAAUAUGCACGAACAUCCUGUCUUACAUGUUCUUCUAUGUACAGCCUGCAGAAACUUUUAUGGAGAUGGGACAUUUGAACAGGGAGACGACGCAACAGACAUGUUUUGUCGAUGGUGCGCAAACGGUGGUAAUCUGUACUGUUGCUCUUACUGCAGCAAUACGUUCUGUUACAAUUGCAUAAAGCGUAAUUUCGAUGCGGUAGUGAGGAAGAAGAUCGAGAGAGAUGAAAAAUGGAAGUGUUUUGUGUGCAAUCCAGCGGAUUUGUACACGGCGAGGGCGGCCUGUUGGGCAUUAUUGCAGCACGUACAAACGGUAACAAGGAUAUUGCAGAGCGACCGGAAGAUGAGUCCGAAGGAGAUCGAAGCGAAGAUGAAUUUGGACGAGUCGCAAUGUUGCCCGCAUCGAAACAAGAGGAAACGUUCGGAGACUAUGGAUUCAGAGGAUGAAGACCAGGAGGAAGAAAUUCAAGCUGCGUCACAGAGAAAAAAGCGUCGAAGAUAUCUGAGCUCAAAGCGAAAAAAACGAGCGAUCAAAAUGGAGAACGAUGGUUCGUGCGAUGCCGGAAGUUUGGAAUCGACUAACAAUUCGAGGAUGGGAGCGGAUGACGGGUAUUCGUCAGUGGGGGGCCAAAGACAAAAUGAAGAUGGAGCGAACGAAGAGGGUAAACGAGUUUCCCCGGAAGAACUGCCUCUCGCGGUCAGACAAAAAAGUCGUCGUUUGCACAGCGAAUCGAGGAUUUUGCCAAAAUUUCCACUCAACGAUGACGAUAUACCGGCAAGCCUGCUGCAACCGGAUCAAACGAUGGUCGAAGGUGUCGAGAGUUUGUCAUUCCCGAAUACGAGUUCGGUUCCGAGCGCAGGAAUUUCGGAACAACCCCGUAACGUCGGUAUAAGCGCAGUGCCAAUGGUUAAUCUCAUGAAGAGGCCGUUACCACCGACGGGUCCAUUAAUGAGAGGUGGUAAAACUCAUCGACUCGUUCGGGGAGUUGGAGGAACCCCUGUUCUUGUGAGAAAAAUCGCACCCGCGAUUACCCACAAUCUCAACUCGAACAUGCAAUCUCACGCGUUGCCCAUGGUUACCAUUCCUUCGCUAAACCACAUGAGAAAUCGCGUUAGUGUGAUACAAGCAGCGACGACCAAUAAUCAGGAAGCGUCUAACGUGCGGCCUAUACGACCACGUCCGUUGGUGCCAAGACCUCUCUCCGUAACAUUACCAGCGAGCUCCAAUUCGACAACUCCAAACUUUCCGAGCGUCGCUCCGAGUGUAAUCGACCUUGACAGCGACGGGGACGAUCCCAUUGUCGUGCUUGCCCCCGCUGCUCAAGAGAUUCAACCUUCGGAUAACCUUGCGAGCGACGAUCGAGUCCGGAAUUUAUCAACGGUUACCUACCCCGUUCGACCGGACGACGGUUUGAUGAUGAUUCACUCGGCUACACCCCUCAACGAGGACGAGAACGAGAACGAGGACCUCCAUGACGGUAAAACCUUCGCAGAGCUCAUCCGGGAGCCGUAUUCGGUGGAUCCAAUCCUCGAUGAGUUGACAUUAAAAUUUAAAAAAAUCAUGGAAUCUACGGUCUCCGGGCCGCUGGAAAAUGAGUUAAUCGCCGCUCGUGCCAAGACGAGAUCGGUCUCUCGUACGAUCAAACGUACGAUCGUCGAGCUGCAGAAUCUUAACGAGAGGCUCCUUCGGGCUUAUCGAAAUUACAAACGUGAGCGUACAAAAGAAAAUAUCAUUCACACCGAAUCCAUAGUUCUGGAAGGAAAACAAAAAACUCGCGAAUUCACUCCCCUCGAUAUGCAAUGCACGAGGGAAUCUGAGCCCGAAUCAGACGAUUCGAACGUCUCCGACGACGAGGAACCCUCGACGGAUUCACCCGAGACACCCCUCCGAAUUAUCGAAGCUCGUCAGAGGAGCGUUCAUCGCGCCGUAGAUGCGACGAUACCCACCAAAUCCCAAUCCGUCCAAGCGUACGACGUUGAGUCUCGAGACUACGACGCGGAAAUAAGUUACGCUCUCCUUCUAAAAGCUGAAUACGACCCAAAACGCAAACGUGAUAUUCUACGACCUGUUGCCGUACCCGACGAACAUUUCGGCAAGUACGAAGAACAGUUCAUUCAUUAUUUGCAACAUAUCGAGGAUCACGGUAUCGAGACCGAGGAAAGCAGAGCGUCUGACCCGAAAAAAAAUACUGAUGAUGUUUCUAUCAAUCAACUUAUUGACGCUGAUCUCUCGGCGAUUCUCAAUGAGAUUACCAAGGAAUGUUCUACCGAUUGCGAUAUUACGAAAGAUACUACGGCGGUGGAGGAAAACGUAGAAAUUCUUGAGGAACAUCUCGAAAUCUUCACGACCAAAUCGGAUGCCUCGGAGGACUCGAAUUUCUCGUUGGAAAUUCGUCAUAACGUCGGAGAAAGAAAUAACAUUUCAAAGAACAAAGAAUAUUCGGUGAAUGAUGAAAAGGCGAUAGAGAAUAUUCCAUCGAGGCAAACAAGUUGUAGCGCAAAUGGAGAACAGGAGACUGGCUCCUGUCCCCCUUCGAUCAUACCUGAGGAAACGACGGAACUCGUUUCGAAAACGAACACGAGUGGUGAGCUUAGGACAAAAAAAGUCGACAGCCAAUCAAUCGAUGAAGAAACUGUUUUGGCCGUCAGAGCUUUGAUCGAUGAAAAUGGCAAAAAAGCGAACAUUUUAAACCCUUGGAAACCUAUCGAAAGCGACGACGAGUGUACGAUAUUGGAUUAAACGAAGAACGAACUCGCCUAUUUGGACCAUCUUUUUUUCUUCCUAUUGAUGAAUCUUUACUCACUGACCGUGACAGACGGCUCUGCGUCGUAAACUUCGUUUCUUACCAUUAUACAACAUCGGAAAGAAAUUUUCAAGUCAUUUGCUCUUUGCGUGACUGACAAAAUAAUUUUCAAAAUUGGUCAACUCUCGCAGAGUUGCACUUCGUUUUCCGGCUAAAUAUUUUUCACCACUUUCGGCGCAGGCGGGAUGAAAAAUAAUAUACGCUCGACGGGAGUGACGGGAAACUACCUCGAACAGCGUGCUCAUCACUCUCGCUUUCCGCUCGGGUGACGAUUCUGCCCGCCGUUUGAAGUAGUCUCCUCUCCCUGCCUAGUCCCUAGGUGCAUAAAAUACUAUUUCUUCAGUUUGGAAUCGUCAGCUUUUCCUGCGCACUGUGAUCGAUCAUCCUAUCAAGUAAAUAGUAUUUCCAAAGAAAAGCAUUUUAUCAGGAUGAAGCGGACAGAAGAAAUUUUCUUCGUUUCACAAAAACUUUCUCACAUUGUAUAUAUUUUUAAAACACCAUCCGGUCGUUUUUUCGGGCUGUACUCGCGAUUCUUUCCUGUUUCAUUAUUGGCUGAGCGUUUAAAUUUGGCAAGGCUCGAUUCCAUUGACACGUGAUUAUAUAUAUUUAAUUUAUAUAUAUUGCUUUUCUAUUUUCAUUGCAAUUUCAUCACAGUGUAAAUAACAGUCACAUUAUUUGAAACCUAAAAACGUAGAAGCGCGCACCGCAACGCUCGUUUACGCUCGAAGAAGCGUAAAAGUGCAAAGACAAAAUAUAAAUUUCGUGUAGCAAAAUGCACUAUUUCUCAUCGAUAGACAUUUUUUCGAGAAAGUUCCAGAAAUCGUCGUUCGUGUGAUCGAGCUUCCCUUGUGUUGCCAAAAAUUGAAAAACAUAUAUACAUAUGAGUGUAUAUAAUUGGAAGACUAGCAAAAAUAUUUCUGCUCGAGGAUGCAGAGAGAGCGAGAGACUUGUGAAAAAAUUGUCAUGUAAUUUAUCGUCGCUUCGACACAAAAAAAAAAAGCUUGGCACAUUCUCUUUUGAUCGCGAUAGGAACAACACGAAACGUAAGAUAAGGCUGAUUGGAAUAAAAACAUAAACGAAUAGAAUAUUGUUGAGUUAAUAAAAGGCGGGAGAUAGGGGUGUGCCUAUUACGAUAAAGAUAAUGAGAAACGUGAGUUGUGUUUUUUUCCUACUACGAAAAUAAUUGCGAUUCUAAAUUGUAAGUUGUUUAUCAUAAUAAAUUGACUCUGAAGCAA